GACCCCCGCAGCAGACACUAAGCAUCGUUCUGUCCUGUUUUCUUUGAGAUUCACGAUGUUGAGAACCCUUUUCCUGACUAUGCUGACUCUGGCGCUGGCCAAGUCACAGGAGACCGAAGAAACCAUCACGUACACGCAAUGUACGGACGGAUACGAGUGGGACCCUGUUAGACAGCAGUGCAAAGAUAUUGAUGAAUGCGACAUCGUCCCAGACGCUUGCAAAGGCGGAAUGAAAUGUGUCAACCACUACGGAGGAUACCUCUGUCUUCCUAAAACAGCCCAGAUUAUUGUCAACAAUGAACAACCCCAGCAAGAAACACCAGCCCCCUCUGAGACCGUAGGUGCAGCUGCAAAUGCAGCCGCCAGCGGUGGAGGGCUCAGUGCCGCGGGCAUGGCCGCCAGUGGAGUGGUGCCCGGGGGUGGCUUUAUCGCCAGUGCUGCCGCAGUGGCCGGCCCUGAAAUGCAGACUGGCCGAAAUAACUUUGUCAUCCGGAGGAACCCAGCUGACCCUCAACGCAUUUCCUCCAGCCCCCCUCACCGCAUCCAGUGUGCAGCCGGCUACGAGCAGAGUGAACACAACGUGUGCCAAGACAUAGAUGAGUGCACGGCCGGAACUCACAACUGCAGGGCCGACCAACUCUGUGUCAACUUACGAGGCUCCUUCACCUGCCAGUGCCACCCCGGCUAUCAGAGUCGAGGCGAGCAGUGUGUUGACAUAGAUGAAUGCACCAUCACGCCAUAUUGCCACCAAAGAUGUGUGAACACGCCAGGCUCGUUUUAUUGCCAGUGCAGUCCUGGGUUCCAGUUGGCAGCAAACAACUACACCUGCGUAGAUAUAAAUGAAUGUGACGCCAGCAACCAAUGUGCUCAGCAAUGCUACAACAUUCUUGGCUCAUUCAUCUGUCAGUGUAAUCAAGGGUACGAGCUCAGCAGUGACAGGCUCAACUGCGAAGACAUUGAUGAAUGCAGAACCUCCAGCUACCUGUGUCAAUAUCAGUGUGUCAAUGAACCUGGGAAGUUUUCAUGCAUGUGCCCCCAGGGAUACCAGGUGAUGAGAAGUAGAACAUGCCAGGAUAUAAACGAAUGCGAGACCACAAACGAAUGCCGGGAGGAUGAAAUGUGUUGGAAUUAUCACGGCGGCUUCCGUUGUUACCCACGAAAUCCUUGUCAAGACCCCUACGUUCUAACAUCGGAGAACCGAUGUGUCUGCCCGGUCUCCAGCGCCGUGUGCCGAGAGCUCCCCCAGUCCAUAGUCUACAAAUACAUGAGCAUCCGAUCUGAUAGGUCAGUGCCUUCGGACAUCUUCCAGAUUCAGGCCACAACUAUUUACGCCAACACUAUCAAUACUUUUCGGAUUAAAUCUGGAAAUGAAAAUGGAGAGUUCUACCUAAGACAAACAAGUCCUGUAAGUGCAAUGCUUGUGCUAGUGAAGCCUCUAUCAGGACCCAGAGAAUACAUCGUGGACCUGGAGAUGCUGACAGUGAACAGUAUAGGAACUUUCCGCACAAGCUCAGUGUUACGGUUGACGAUAAUCGUGGGGCCAUUUGCAUUUUAGUCUUUUUAUAAGAGUCCACCACAGGCAUUUAAAUCAGCCAAAGAAUAAUGUUACCUUAAAGCACUAUUUUAUUUAUAGACAUAUCUAGUACAUUUACAGCUAUAUUCUGUACACUCACCCGUAAGUCAAACAAUUACACCAUGGUAUAAAGUGGGCAUUUAGUCUGUAAAGAUUCAGUUUGUCUUUAUUACUGUAUGUAAAUUAAACAUUAAUCCACUAAACUGGUCUGAUUCAAGAGAGCUAAGCAUACAUUAUCUGGUGAAACUUGGAUCCUUUCCUGUAAAAGUGGGACCAAGCAAUGGUGAUCUUUUGUGGUGCUUACGAAGACUUCUACUACAGCCACUCCAGUCUCCUAAGGAGGCAGCCAUCGUGACAUUGAAUAGCAUGCGAGGUCAAGUUUUUUUAACUGCUUUGUAAGAAAAUGAAAAAAGUCAAUAAAGAUAUAUUUCUUUAGAAAAAUGAGGAUCUACCAUAUUUGUGCUGGCUUUUAUUUUUUAAUCCAUCUAACCUAAAGGUGGCUGUUCAUUACAUAGUAAUGAGGCAUUAUUGUAUAACAUGCUGAUU